AUGGUCGUGCCUCGUGGCACGGCAGCACCCAUACUAUUGAAAUGGUUCGUCAGUAGAGAUGUUCCCACAGGUGCCCCUUCUUCUAAUGAAUCUUUCUGCGGUGUGCUCCGUUUACUAUUCUUUCGUACUUUCUUCUCUUUACCACGCGAUAGGUCAGCGAAGCGUGAGCGGGCACGGAGAAGGAAAGGCCAAAGACUUCAGCCUAACGGGAAUGAGCAAGGACGAAAUGACAAGAUGAGGCGCCCUGGGCACCCCCAUUUAGAAAGAAGGGCCGAAGUUUUUGGGCCUGUAGCUUUACCCGUCCCCCCUGAGUCGGGCGGUUGCUUGUGUGGGGGGUUGCGCCACCAGAAAUCGGGCUUGAAGCUCUCACCUUACCAACGAGCCGACAGCUGA